GAUGCACACCAGCACAUCGAAGGCUCCUUCUUUCUUCGCACGUGUUGUCUCUUUUUGUGACGCCAUCGCCUCUGAAUCGAAUCGGUUGGUUAUUUCUUGUUUCUGAGGUGCCUUCGCAGCCCUGCAGUUUCACCUCAUACCCCCCUCCUCCCUCUCUUGGCACAUGUCGAUUUCCAACAAACGUGAAGUGCGUGAGCACAUCAAGGCCGUUCUCGAGAUCUACGAGGAAGACGGCCACAUCGACGUGGAGGAGAUGAAGGCGCUGACGCGAGAAGUCGCCGACGGCGUCACGUCGCUGCCCACCGCCGCCGCGUCGCUCACACGCGCCACACUCGCUGCGCUGAAGACGCUUCUUGAGAGUCAUCCCAACGUCUCGUCGGGGCUCCUCGACUCUCUCACGCAGCGGCUGAGUGCGGAAGGCGAGGCAAACGCGCCGUCCACCGAUGCCUCCGCAAACGCAACCGCACCGCAGUCGUGUGCCGCGGCGUCUUCGCCAUCCACCUCCGUCGCUGCUGCGCCCGCCCUCAGCUUCAGUGCCUUUAAGGCCCGCAUGGCCAAGAAGAGGGAUGAGCUCAAGGCAGAGCGGGAGACCGUCGCGGAGCUCGCCUCGACCGCGACGUCCGUGCGUGAGCCGACGAAGGCGACCGCCGCAGCAGCAGCAGCGUCCACCGCGGCCUCGAGUGAGGCACCCGUCGCCCCAUCCUUGGCAGAAGAGAAGGCAGACCGGCGCACGACCACCGCAGAAAGCGACCCGACCGAGUCACGCAACCUCUCCACCCGGCCCAGCGCCGCGCAGACGCCGUCUCUGCAGCCGUCCGCCAGUCCCACUCACGAGCUCGCGGCGCCGGCGCUGACCGACGAGGUGGUCGGCGUCUUGCAUCCCCUACCACAGCAGCCUCUGCCACAACCGCCGCCGCAGCAGCAGCCGGUGCCGACGAAGCCGGUAGCUUUUGUCCUGACGGCGGCACCAGACCCGGAUGAGGAGGUGGACCUCUAUGCCGACAUCACGCCUUAUCGUGGUCGCGGCCGGGGUCGUGGUCGCGGUCGUGGGCGCGGACGCGGUGGUCCGUAUCCGUCUUAUCCUCCCACCUAUCACUACGGGCCGCGCCCUCCGAACGCCUACCGUGGCGGCUAUGCUCCGCAGCCGCAGUACUACCGGCCUUACUAA